CAACCAUAGCUUUGUGUGAAGAUGAAUUCAACACCCAGCACUGGAGGGCAAAGCUCUGCCUCCGUCAUUCCAUUCUCAACGUUGUCUAUCGGCCGACGAGUUUCCACGGCCAAUACUGCAGCAGGACCUAUGCGUGCACCACUCCGUCCCAAACCGCCCCGUGUGCGGGCUCGAAAUCGCUCGAGCUCGAGCGAGUCGUGUGCGGAAGUCAUCGAGUCUAGAGUUCUUGUCUUGUAUGCCGGUGGAACCAUUGGCAUGUUUAAAGAAAACGACGUCUAUGUUCCAAGUCCGGGUCGCUUCCACAAACUGGUGCGAUCAAUGCCCAUGCUGAAUGAUGAGGAAUAUGCAUCCCUCAUCGAUCCGUCGCCAGGCAUGGUGGAGAGGCCGUAUGCUCUGCCAAUAUCACAAGAAGGGAAGCGUGUCAUCUUCGACAUCCACGAGUACAAGGUGCUUAAAGACUCCAGCAAUCUCGACCCCACUGAUUGGGCCGAGAUGGCAGAAGACAUUUGCCGAUUCUACAAGCGGUACGACGGUUUUGUCAUCCUCCACGGCACGGACACCAUGGCGUAUACGUCGUCCGCGCUGUCAUAUAUGUUGGAGAAUCUGGGCAAGCCGGUGGUGUUGACCGGUGCACAGGUGCCCCUGCCAGAGCUGCGAAGUGAUGGACGGGAUAAUGUACUUGGUGCUAUCUAUAUUGCUGGCCACUUUGUCAUUCCUGAGGUUACAUUGUACUUCAACGAUACAUUGUAUCGGGGUAAUCGUGUGAAGAAAGUGUCCAGCGAGAGCUUCAGCUGUUUUGACUCGCCCAAUUUCCCACCUCUCGUCAAAAUGGCAGUCAAUAUUGAAGUGGCAUGGGAUAAUCUCUUUCGACCCAACACCUUAGAGAGUUUUCGAGUUCACACCUACAUGGAGAGCAACGUGGGUCUGCUGAGGCUCUUCCCUGGUAUCACAAAGGAACCGGUAAAGGCCUUCUUAAGUCCCCCCAUGAAGGGCGUGGUCCUGCAGACGUUUGGGGCGGGGAAUGGUCCCGACAGUAGGAAGGACUUGAUGGAGGUCAUCAGGGAAGCCACACAGAGAGGAGUGCUCAUCAUCAACUGCACACAGUGCUCCAGGGGUACAGUGUCGGCGGCCUAUCGCACUGGACGGUCUCUACUGGAGGCAGGCGUCAUACCAGGCAGUGACAUCACGCCAGAGGCAGCCCUGACCAAACUCUGCUAUGUCCUGGGCAAGAAGGAGCUGUCCCAAGGACAGAGACUUGAGAUGCUUAGUUGCAACCUGCGAGGCGAGAUCAAAGUCUCCGGCAAGCACAAAGAGAGCAGGACGUUACAAGACAGCGAAUUCAUCCGGGCGGUGGUCGACACACUGAAGCUCACCAGCAGUCAGGAAGUUAAAGCUGUACAAGAUGCCCUCUUCACUCCACUGAUGUGUGCUGCAGCCAAAAAUGGCGACUUGGCAUCACUCAAACAUUUCAGGGAAUGUGGAGGUGACUUGAGUCUUGCUGACUACGAUGGGCGGACACCGUUACAUUUGGCAGCCAGCACACGGAACCUUGACGUUGUGCAGUACUUGCUGGAAAAUGGCUGUUCGAUUUACGCCAAGGACUCAUUCGGCAACUCACCUUUCUUUGAGAGUAUUCGAUUAAAAAAUCUUGAGGUCAUCAGGAUGAUUAAGAAGACAGGAGGACAUCUGAUUCACACAGCUAGACAUGAGCUGGGAACGAUGCUAUGCCAUGCAGCUGCGUUGGAUGACAGGGAGUUGUUGGAAGCAUUCCAUGAAGCUGGGGAAGAUAUGAACGCCACCGAUUACUGUGGAAAUGCGCCACUACAUGUGGCAGUCAUGAAGAACAGCAAAAGUUGCAUCGAGUUUCUGUUGGAGGCUGGGGCUGACCCAAGCUUGAAAGACCAUUGCAAUAAUACAUCUCUGAACAUCGCUGAGGAGAAAGGUUUGGAUGGAGUAGUUAACCUCAUGCGAGGAGUAACUGUUAGAUCGAACACAUCCAGCAUCAGUUCGUCAUUUAGCAGCUGAAAUAGCAGUCAUUGUCAUAGUAUCCUCUUUCCUCAAAUCCUGAAGAAUAUUGAAAUAUGACGCAUGCGCAUCAGUGUUAUCAAACAGCUAUUCCAAAGAAACUCACUUGCAAAGCUGUGAUACCCGCGUGGCAUGGAAACAGUAUAAUACAUUGGAUAGAAUGGGCCGAGUAAACUGUCCACCAAUCAACCCACCUACCCACCCACCCAAGUGUGUAUUUGCCUGCAAUCGGGGACCCCCUAUUGUCCCUCUUUUGUUUGUACUCUAACUUUUUAGGAAGACCUCCCACAUGUUUUGUACACGAAUCCAAAUUGGGGACCUCUCGGGAAUUGGGGACCCUAUUGAGAAAUGGGGACCCUAUUGUCCUCUAUUGUUCCACGUCCCCUAUUUAAUGCAGAAACAAACUCACCCACACACCCAACAACAUAUAUAGUGAGUUCAGGCACACGGUACGUUUUCACACCGCCUUGGGAAAAAAACUAAUACAAGUAUUAGCAAAUACCACUAGCAUGUAAUCUUGUGAAUUUUUUUCUCAGGGUGUAUGCGAGUGCUUAUUUAUGAGCUUUUAUAGGGAUAGGUAAAUCAAAGUCUUGAGCGAAACUUCAGAGAAGUUGAAGAAGUAAGGUGGUUGUGGUGCAAGGAAAAGGAACCCAAGUGUUGUGUGACGAUCUUACUUGCUACUUCUCUCUCUUCAUUAGGGCUGUGCAUGGGAACCGGGUACCCGAGUACCCGACUGUCAAUGUCGGGAACCGGUUCCAGAUUAUGGAAUCGAGUACCCGUAACCAUCUUCAGAAAUUACUCAGUAACUUCUCAGAGAAUGAAAAAGACCAGCAUCGAAUGUCAUUUAUAGAGAAAAUUUCAAAAUGAAAAAACAGACUACAUGGAAAACAAAACCAAUUCCAUGUUCACGAUGCUCGUGAUAGUUGCAAUUUUUGCCAUAAAGCUAAAGAGCUCACUCUAUACACUUGUAACUUGCGUACUGGCGCACCGAUAUGAGGUAUUAUUAGCAUGCAGACCUUUAUGAACAAUCUGAACAGCAACUUCUGAGAUUGACAUUUUUUUGGAGCUGGGUUUCUUUAAUGGGUACCCGAGUACCCGUAUUUUUUUUCAAUAGGGUACCCGGUUCCUGUACUACCCGUAAAUGCACAUCCCUACUCUUCAUCGGUCAAAUUUUAUGUAUUGUAAGAAUCGACCCAAGAUAUUAAAUUGUUGGAUUCCACUUGUUAAUUACUUGCAAAGUCCCACUCUCCACUGGUCAAAUUAUAUAAAAUUCUGCAAGGAUUGUGCUUUUCUUGGGGUUGUGGAGUGAGAUAGGAUGGCUUGGUUCAGAGCCAAGAUUUCGGACUAUUGAUCCAAUUUUUAGUUUUUUUACAGCCCUCUUUUUUUCACUGUAUUCUCAGAGUUGAGGUAUAGUUGUGACCUUAUCAUGAGAAAGCAUGGUUCAGAAACACGAUAUUGUUUUACGUUUCAGUAAAUUACUUCAUAGUUCUGUUUUUGUCAUUUUUAAAAUUGUGUGUGCUUUUAAACUUUGGUAUUCUUGGGGGUUUGAGAUGAGAAAGCAUGGCUUAGAGCCAAGUAAAGAGACCGCUGGCCAACCUUUGUAUGCUAUUUACUGGUUCUGUUAUUGGUCAGAAUUUAUGUAUUAUUCAAAUUGAGGAAUAUGUGGGGUUAUGUUGCAAAGAAGCACUUCUUAAUUGGCCCAAAGCCACGGCAUUGUUGGAAAACCUUAUCAAGCACUUGCACGGUUGGUUCUAAUCUCCAUUGGUCAAAAUAUAUUUAAAUGUAGCCUAUUGUAACUGUUUAAUCUUGGUAUGUUCCAUGGGAUCAAUACCUUUUAAAUAUUAUCAUACCUUUUUAAAUAUAUUAUGAAUUACUUGGUGGGCAAACUGAAAUUGAAUCACUUUGUCUUUCUAGAAAUUGCAUUUUGUACAAAACAAAACAAAACAUUUUAAGCCUGUAACAUGGAAGAAUUUCUUUUUAUAUUGAAGAUGACCACCCCUAAAAAUAGUCCUGAAACCCAUCGCCAUUUUGAAAAAUGAUGCCUACGCUAUGAUUUGUAAAAUGCAACGCUUUUGGUGCCCAAUUUCAUCUAAAUUUCACAAAAACACCACCUCACAGUCCUGUGCACGGCUUCCAUCCUUCUUUUUUUUACAAACCCUCAAGUUCAUGGCCCACAAAAUGCUCUAAUACCGAACAAUUUGAGGGCAUGCAAAUCGUGAUUUGGCCGGCGUAGGCAAUUUGGGCCUAUUUACUGGUCUGGACCCUUUGGGACAAUUCCAUGACUUUCCCACGACUUUUCUAUGACCAAAUUAUGAAAAUCCUUGACCUAGUUGAUCAAAAUGCAGAUCCAAAUUGUAAAAAUGGUUCCGUGAAAAGUGCUUAACAACCCCCCCCCCCCCCC